UGAGUCACUGGGAGCGAAGCUUCUGGAGGCUGCUGACGAGACGACCCGCCUUCAGCACCAGACCGAGGCGGCGACAGAGGCCCUGCGAGGGCAGCUGUCGGGGCUGCAAGGGCGGCUGGAGGCGGCGGCAAGGCAGCUGGAGGGGAUGCAAGGAGAGUUGGAGGCGGCGGUGAAUCGCGGCGUGCAGCUGCAGCGACGUAUCGCGUGCAUGAGUGGACAGGAGGAGGCUCUAGCCGCCCAAUCCCUGGACACCCUGGAGGCACUCGCGCAGCAGGCGGAGGCGGCGCUGCCUCGCUUACGACAUGCCAUCGUGGCGGCCAGGGUGGCGGCGGCGCGGUCGGAGGCGGCGGAGGCGGUGGAGGCGGCGACGUGUGCGGUGUGCCUGGCGGCUCGGCGAGACACCUUCCUGAAUUGCGGACACAUCAUCUGCCAGGACUGCGCGGAGCGGUUGGAGCUGUGCCCGCUGUGCCGGGCGCACAUCAACCACCGCUCCCGGGCCUUCGUGUGAUGGGGGCCGGCGGAUGAUACGCGGGCUUUCGUGGGUCGAC